AUGUCCGUCGGUCGUCGUCGCCCCGCCGCGCUCCUGCUCCCGUUCGCGCUCUUGGUCGCCGCGGCCUCUGGCAAAAACCAUUUCAACCAAUCCGCAGGCUACGUGAUCGAAAUCUCCACCGACGGCUGGAGCAACUACGCGGCCAACGGCGGCUGCGUCACGUGCCCCUACACGUGCAUCUCGCCCACGGAGAGCUACGACGGCACGAGCAUCAACGGCAGCAACGCGACGCAGAUCUCGUCGCUCCCGAGCAUCUACACGGCCGUGCGGUCCAACGGCUGCUGCUACGCGGCCGACGCGACGACGCAGCCGUCGUGCGCCACGGAAGCCAGCCCCGCCUCGGCCGAGAACUGCGGCUUCCUCUUUGGGCCGACGCUCGAGUGGCGCAUUAACAACGCGCUGCGGCCGCUCACGGACAGCCUCACGGCCAUUCUCUUCGCGUCGACGGACUGUGAGAACUUUUGGGCCGUGGGCAAGCAGAGCAUCCGCUACACGAGCAACACCAAGAGCAUCAAAGGCUCGAAAGCCAUUCAGAACGGGUGCUACGGCGACCCGAAAGGCACGCCCAUGGUCCUCAGUGGCUGCUUGACGAGCUCGCUGGAGUAUAGCAAAACCAAGACGUACACGUGGAAGAACCUCGCGGAAAAGUGCGAGGGCCUCGCCGGUCGCUGCGUCGUGACGAACGCCGUGUGGGAGGAACAUCUCGAGUGCUGCACGAGUCGCACGGGCAUGGCGUCCGACUGGGACACGACGUUCAAGACGUACACGAAGACGCCGACGAAAGCCACGAAGCUCGGGGGGGCCGCGAUCACGGCCAUUGUCAUUGGCGGCGUCGGGCUGCUGAUUGGCUUGAUCCAUUUCGGCGCCAAGGUGCGCGACCGCGCGCGGCAGACGGCGCUCAUGCGCGAACAGGAGGCCACGGACGACUACGAGGAGAUUAUGACGCCGCUGACUGCUGCCGGGGCGGAGAAACAGCCGGUGGCGCUGCAACGGCCGAUUGGCCCGGCGAGUGUCGAGGUGUCGCUACACGAAGGCGACCAGAUUUACCACCACAAGAAUGCCGACGACGAAGUGCUGUUUGAAGGCGACAUGUACUAG